AUGGACAUAAAAUUUGAACUAGCAACGUAUAGUCCUCCUUCAGACACUUCAAUGAACUACAUGGAUAACUACAUGCAGCUUCCAGAAGACUCUGUGCCAUGCAAACUCCGGGCCAAACGCGGCUGCGCCACCGAUCCGAGAAGCAUUGCUGAGCGAGUCAGUUCAGUGAACCCUUUCCUUUUAUUCCAAAGUUAG